GAUGUAAACAGGAAGUGCUGUGUGACGUCAGCGGGGUCUUCGGCAGUGAAGUACACGCGCAUCAGUAAUGUGAAUGAAUUGAGAGUAAUUCAUGAAGAUAACAGAUGGCUCAUAUUACAAUAAAUCAAUACCUGCAGCAGGUUGUGGAGGCUAUAGAGAACAGAGAUGGUUCUUUCUGUGCUGAGAUGUUGUCAUUUAAACAUCCACACGUGGCCAAUCCCCGUCUGCAGUUGUCAAACCCAGAGGAGAAGUGUCAGCAGCUGUUAGAGCCGCCCUAUGAUGAAAUGCUAGCAGCACAUCUCAGAUGUACGUUUGCUGUCUCUAAUCAUGACUUUGUGGAAGCGUAUAAGUGCCAAACUGUUGUGGUGCAAUCAUUUCUGAAAGCAUUUCAAGCUCAUAAAGAGGAGAACUGGGCUUUACCCAUAAUGUUCGCUGUGACCCUUGACCUCAGGAUAUUUGCAAAUAAUGCAGAGCAGCAGUUGCAGGCGAGAAGUAAAGGAAAGGUUGGAGAUAUGCUAGAGAAAGCUGCUGAGCAGCUCAUGAGUUGUUUCAGAGUUUGUGCCAGUGACAAUCGAGCUGGCAUUGAUGACUCUAAGAAAUGGGGAAUGUUGUUCCUGAUCAAUCAACUCUUUAAAAUCUAUUUCAAGAUCAACAAGCUUCACCUGUGUAAACCUCUGAUCCGUGCCAUCGACAGCUCAAACUUGAAGGACGACUACAGCAUGGCACAAAGAGUCACGUACAAGUAUUAUGUGGGCAGGAAAGCAAUGUUUGACAGUGACUUCAAACCAGCUGAAGAAUAUCUGAGCUUCUCCUUCACACACUGUCAUCGCUCCUGUCAGAGAAACAAGAGACUCAUUCUCAUCUAUCUGCUGCCUGUCAAGAUGCUGCUGGGUCACAUGCCCACCAAUCAGCUGCUGAGAAAGUAUGACCUCAUGCAGUUCGCUGAUGUCACAAAGGCUGUGAGCGAAGGAAACCUGCUGCUGCUGAACGAGGCUCUGGUCAAACACGAGACCUUCUUCAUCCGCUGCGGCAUCUUCCUCAUCCUCGAGAAACUUAAGAUCAUCACGUACAGGAACCUCUUCAAGAAAGUGUAUCAUCUGCUGAAGACCCAUCAGCUGCCACUAGACGCCUUCCUCGUGGCACUGAAGAUGAUGAAGGUGGAGGAUGUGGACAUUGAUGAGGUUCAAUGCAUCCUCGCAAACCUCAUUUACAUGGGUCACAUUAAAGGUUAUAUUUCACACCAGCAUCAGAAACUGGUGGUCAGCAAGCAGAAUCCUUUUCCUCCACUGUCUACUGUAUCAUAGACAUCGCUUCCCAGAAUGCACCUGUGAAAAUCACAUGAAGCUUUUACAUUUGUCCUCAUUUUGUUUUGCGUUUUGCUUGUUUUUUUUACAGAUUUUCUCAAAUAAACAUAACACUUUUUUU